UCCACGGCGCAUGCGCACAUCCCCCAGCAGGUUCCACGAGUUUAUUCCCAGCGUUUCUCCCUCGGACUCGGUCUGUGAUCCGUCUGUGAUGCUGACAACCGACCGAGCUGCAGGCCUGCUCCUCCCGGGGGCUCCGCGGACCUGAGGCGGCAUGUGAAGAUGUCUCUGCGGGGUUUGUCGGCACUUCCAGGCGGCGACUGACACACCGAGCCAGGCUAGAGGGGCUACCUAGCUAGCUCGGCGGGGCUAGCGUUAGCCUCACCACCGCUGGCUGAGCGGGUCGAGGGUCCCGAGGGUCCCGACGCAGCGUGGAUCUCAUCAUCUGAUUGUUUAUUAAUCUCCCGGUUCUUUAAUUGGUAGUGGAGCUCCACACCAGCCGGUUGUUGUAGUGUCCACAGGCCGGUGUAGCACGUUAGCCUGUGCUAGCUACUCGCUCGCUCCCGUUAGCCACCGGUCCCCCCCUCAUCGAUCCUCGGGCUUGACAGCGGUCACAUUCCCCUCCAGGGGGUCGGUCACUUCCUCCAGGGGGUCGGUGAACCCGGUCACAUCCUCCAGAGGGGUCGGUGAACCCGGAGCUGACAUGCGGCGCUGACACGUCUGUUUCCCGGGAGCACACGCAGCAACACGCCCCAGUCACAGGGCUCUUCCAGCGGCCGGGGCUGACAUGGCGUCCGGCGGAUACUCCGACCUGAGGCAGAAGCUCAAGUCCAUGCCUCCGCACCGGGACGAGGGCAAGACUAGUAAAUACGUGGACGGGACGAGCAAUGGAAGUGGGAAGGGGCGGAAGCGCGAGUACCGGGAGUCCGACGGGGACGAGGCCGAGCACGGCGAGGACAGCGCGGAGCUCCGGGAGCAGGAGGCCCGUCGGGUGAGCUCCAGCAUCCUGCAGGAGGACGCCUUCACCCCGGAGGAGUGCGCCCUCAUCGAGGGGAAGAUCGACGAGGUGGUGGCCCAGGGGGAGGCCGGGCUCUACCGGGAGCACACCGUGGACCGGGCACCCCUCCGGAACAAGUACUUCUUCGGGGAGGGCUACACGUACGGGGCCCAGCUGGAGAAGCGUGGCCCGGGCCAGGAGAGGCUGUACCGCAAGGGGGAGGUGGACGACAUCCCGGGCUGGGUGGACGAGCUGGUGAUCAAGCGGCUGGUGGCCAACGGGGUGAUCCCGGAAGGGUUUGUCAACAGUGCGGUGAUCAAUGACUACCAGCCCGGGGGGUGCAUCGUGUCCCAUGUGGACCCCCUGCACAUCUUCGCCCGGCCCAUCGUGUCCGUGUCCUUCUUCAGUGACAGCGCCCUGUGCUUCGGCUGCAGGUUCCAGUUCAAACCCAUCCGGGUGUCCGAGCCGGUGUUCGUGCUGCCGGUGAGGAGAGGCAGCGUCACGGUGCUCAGUGGCUACGCUGCAGACGACAUCACCCAUUGCAUCCGGCCCCAGGACAUCAAGGAGCGGCGUGCGGUCAUCAUCCUCCGAAAGACCAGAGCCGAUGCCCCUCGAGUGGACUGCGACAGCCCCUUAAGUUCGCCCCCGGUAGAGAGACCCGCUCCUCUGAAGGCCAAACGCUCUCAUCGCAGAGCACGGCCUGAUGCUGCACACAGGCCGAGGGUCCUGGAGAUGGAUAAAGAGGAGAACAGACACCCGUCAUUCUCCCGACAGCGACGCCGCAGCGGCAGCUCGGAGACGUACUGGCGCCGCGGCCAGGACUCCGACAAACACCGGGAGAGCUCAGGACGCAAAGUCAAAAUGAGACGCCACUGAGCGCCCGUCACUCACACACGUACACUAUUAAAAUAUUAUCGUUUUUCUUCUGUGCAUUUUAGUCUCGUAACUUGAUUUGAUCAGACAUCGUUUUUUCCUCUCGCUCCAGUUUUAGUCUGGCACACGGAGCACAGUCAUCAUACCGUCUGCUUUUUGAGUUUGGAUCAGUUUUGAGUGUAUAUUUGUUUCCUGGCAGACGAAGCUGCCGUCUCUGCUGCACAUUAUAGAACUUCAUGUUACUUACUACAGCUCGACUCUGUUGUCAAACUGUUCGAUUACCUUUAAAUCAAACAUUUAUUUUGUUCCUAUGUGCAUAGAUAUGAAAUGGCAUGUAUUUUUUGUAACCAAGAUGUACAGACCUUACGAGCUGAAAGGAAGAUGCACCUCUGGACUUGUACAAAAAGAAAAACCUGAGCUGUAAUCUAACUUGUUAUAAUGUACAAAACAUUUGUAUAGUCUUUGAUGGGGGGAACUUUUAUGCAGAAUGACACUUUUGUUUGUUUGUUUGUUUUAUGUUUUACCUUCAUCCCUCAUCCAUACCUUUACUGUGCCAUCCCACCUCCUUCCUCUCUGUUAACGUUAGCCUCUGUCACAGUUCAGGUUGCAGUAACUGUCCGGUCUCCUACCAGGCUCUGUGUUUUUAUUUGAUUCAGCUGUGGCUCCUCUUCCUGAAGGUCACACUAUGGGAUGUCAACUUAACUGAUGCUUAAUGGAGUGAGGAAAUAUACUCGGGCCUUGUUUUACACUUUAGUUUCAGUCUGAGGUUGCAGUUCCUGAUAUAGUGACAGAUGCCAUGUUAUUGCUGAUCUCUAUUAAAUCUAACUUUUCCUCAUUCGAGUUGGGUGAUAUCGGAGCAAAGCCGACUUUAUAACGUCUUGUUUUUCUUGGGUUUAAAUUCUUGGUUGGUAUCUUCAGAUGAAACUGUCAUGGUUUGUUUGCUUUAUAAAAGUAUGCAUGUGUUUUCUGCUGAGUCAGCCAUAUUUCCAGAGGCACUCAUUAGCCGACUGGUUAGUCUGGAGUUACACAAGAUUAAAAAUAACCACAGAGCAGAUAUUACUUUCUACAAAUAGGAUAGGUGACGUUCAUGGUUUUACUGAAGCGCUGCUAGAGUUGUGAACGUGUUAGUAAAAAGUUGUAACUUCUCAUGGAGAAUACUGGAGCUGCUCUGCCAGGGAACGGGACGCCCAGCCUUGUGGGCAGUGGCAGCACUUAAAGUGGUUCAAUGAGAUUCAGUGUAUGGUGCCAUCUUAUUAAAAUAUGGAUGCAAAUAGUUAAUUUAUCACUAUUAAAGCACAAUUGUCCUAAAACCAAGCUGACUGUUAAAUGAUUAGCAAUUGAAACAUCACAGAACUCUUGCAGGUGACCGGAUUAACAUUUACUCUCAUGUCAUCGAUGGAGCCAUUAAGAUUCCCAUAUAAUUUAUAUGAUCCAGCUUCACAUGAUCAGUGUAACUUGUGACAUUAAUUUGAAGCAGUUGGUAACUUGUUUAAAAUGAUCAAGCAGUGUCAUGAUAGCUUCUCUGUUCAAUGAUGCAGUGGCUAUAUAAUCAUGACCAUAGACCGUAUAUGAAGAUGGACGACAUACUUCCUCACGCCAUCCAGAAAUGAAGUUAAGAGUCAUCUCAGAAUUCCAGCUGAACACAACAGUUCAUCUGGAACUACAGUUUAUACAGUUUAACUACAGUUUAUUCUCUUUUAUUUCGGGUAUGUCCCAGGUUUUCUGUCUGAUACAUCUGUUCCCGUCAUCUCUUGACAUAACACUAAUAAACAGCCUCUGUUCAGACCCAC